AUCGACAGGACCUCAAGGGGCAAUUUCCUUUUGUCUUCUUUGAUGUUCCCGACCAUGGGAACUAGGGAGUUACCAAGGUCAGGCUACUGAUUGAGUUUAUCUCGAUUCCCUUAAUCGGUCACGCAUGAUUCAAGCGUUGGCAGGAGCUUGUCGUCGCCAACUGUUGCUGUGAUCCUACGGGCGCCCCCGAAUCAUCGUAGCCCCAGCUGUAACGAAGCAAAGGGCAGGAACCUUCAUUCCUAGAAUCCAAAAAAGAUGCAUUUCAACCUGCAGAAUCAGUUGAGGCUGGGAUCCUUCUGCUCAUCGCUAUUAUCAUUUCUUUGCAGCAAUGACCAGGCUCAAGUCGCCCAUCACCCAGCCCGGCCACCAUCGUACCCGCUGGCCGUUCGCAACCCAUACUUAUCGACAUGGAUGCCAGCAGACCGAGUUGAUCAGCUUCCAUAUGCGGAAUCCCAGUUUUGGGCAGGCCAAGAUCUUGGUUGGUCUGUGAUGGUGCGUAUCGAUGGUCAGGCGUAUAGUCUGAUGGGCGUCUCCAACCUGGAGACCAACUCAAUUCUCCCUGCAACCGUGCGGCGCACCGAGUUCACAUCAACUCAUUCGCUGUUCGAUCUUACCGCCGGAUCGGUGUCGCUCACAUUAGACUUCUUUUCCCCGGUCUCGCCGUCAAAUUACCUACGACAGUCGCUCCCGUUCAGCUAUUUGACGGUGCAAGUCAACAAUGCAUGGGGACGUGAUAUUCAGAUAUACUCGGACAUUGACGGGAGGUGGACUGGCCGGGAACAUCGCACAGUCCACAACUUUGAGGAACAUGGCAAACUGCUGUUCCACUCCCUGUCGGUCGAAGAUGCCCCUCGAUAUGCAGAAGAUCGCGAUAUGGCCCUGUGGGGACAGGCAAUUCUUGCUUCGCGUGCGGAAGGCUCACGAAACCUUUCAGCACUUGCUGGACCUCCUCAGGUCGUUCGCACUGCUUUUGCGACGAAUGGCAACCUAGAUGAAGAAGGAUCCGCUUGGUCCCCAAAAAGUGUUGUAGCUCUUGCGCAUGACUUGGGGAAUAUCGUCGGUGACGCUUCUGUGACCUUUGCUGUCGGUUAUGAGAGAAAGGAUGCGAUCAAUUACCUCGGUGACGCAUACACCGGUUUCUAUCGAUCGGGAUAUCCCACAACUCGCGAAGCUCUCUCAUUCUUCUUGGACGACUUUGAGGAUGCUCGACUAGAAUCUUGGAAACUGGACGAUGAACUCUCUGCUUUUGCCACCGCCGCUGCCGGUCCCAAAUAUGCAGACAUCGUAACUCUGUCAACUCGUCAAGCAUAUGGAGGCAUCGACUUGACAAUCCCCAACGACUCACUCAACACUGAUCAAGUGCUAGCUUUCAUCAAAGAGCUCUCUAGUGACGGAAAUGUGAAUACAAUCGACAUUAUUAUGCCAGCCUUCCCAAUAUACUGGGUGAUGGAUCCUGACUGGAUCCGCCUGUUGCUGGAACCCGUCAUCCUGUACCUGGAUGCUGGGCGGUGGAAACUCCCCUAUACCAUCCACGACCUCGGAUCUCAUUAUCCUCACGCCAUUGGUCAUGAUGAUCAGCGAGCAGAGCCCAUGCCCAUUGAAGAAUCUGGGAACCUCCUCAUUCUGGCGCUCGCAUAUGUCCGUGCCACGGGCGAUGCAAGCUGGAUCAAUCAGUAUAUGGAUAUUUUCCAGAAAUAUGCCGACUAUCUGGUCGAAAACAGCAUCAAUAUAGCCGAACAGCUCUCGUCCAACGAUGCGGCUGGUCCACUAGCAAAUGAGACAAAUCUGGCUAUCAAGGCGGCCAUAGGCAUCAAGGCAUAUGGAGAGUUGAGCGGAGAUCAUAGAUAUUCCCAGAUUGGAGAUGAGCAUGCAGAUAUCAUCUUCGGACAAAGAUUGGGCACUGACGAGAGCCAAAGUCAUUUCGUGCUGGAAUACCCCGACAAGCCAAAUACGUGGAAAACUCCAUAUAAUCUUUACCCGGACGUUCUACUGGGUCUAGAGACAUUCCCCAAUGAAGCAUACUCGAUGGGUAGUAAGUUCUUCUCGACCGUUCGCGGAGAAUAUGGCGUGGCAUUGGAUAAUCGACAAGACUGGGCCAAAUCCGAUUGGAACAUGUGGCUGGCAGGCACUUUUGAGACGAGCACACGCGACGAGUUUGUCGAUGACCUGUGGGCAUUCAUGACCAAUGGGAAGCACAACUGGCCCUUUUCGGAUCGCUACGUCUCUACUUCUGCGCAUGGCAGUGAACCGGGUAUCCCAAUACUAUGCCGUGCUCGUCCAACUGUUGGUGGUCAUUUUGCUUUGCUAGCAUUGAAAGGCCCUAGUUCUCUCCUAUCACUGUCAACUUACAAAUCUCAUGCUACUAGAGGUUCGCGAUAUGAGAGGUUCAUGGAUCCUGCUGGUGAGUUGUGAUGAGUAGACACGUACGUACUCUGUGGACUCGACAGCUGUAUGUUCUUAGUCAGUAUCAGUAUCGUCUUCAUUCCAAAAAAAACCUGGAUUUUUAUCCAUCUGUCUAAAC